GCGCGGGUGGGCGGGACGCGGGGGGACCACGUCCAGCGGCGUAGACAAAGGCGGGCGUGCGCACGCUCUGACGUAGGCCCGGCCGGCGGCGGGCAGGGCAGGGCGGGAGCGGCAGCCGCCGAGGACUGGAGCCGAGCCUCACGGCCGCCCUGACAGCAUGUAAACAACCUUUCGCCGAGAACCCAGGUCACCACUGAGAAGGGUGCCUUAAGGGAGAAGACUAUCAGAGGACACCAAUGCCAGGCGUGUCUGGAAUAGUGCUCGGUACAGGCAGCAUGAGACGUUCUGUGCCAGCCUCUGUGUGCUACUGGCAAAGGCUGGGGCUCUCCUGGUAGGAGGGUCCUGGGGCAGCCAGUACCCGGAGCCCCCCAAGGGAGCAUGGGACCAGCUAUGAACUCUUUACAGUGAACUUGGUUUAGCUUAUGAAGGAAUCGUAAGUAAAGGUUACUUAAUUCGUACAUACGGAAGCCUUUGACAUUCAGAAGCCUUUGGUGUGAAGUGCCAGCACUACCCUUGUCUACUGGAGUUAACAGGAUUCUUCUGGCACCAAAGUGAACUCUUCUUGGUACUUCUGGCAAUACAGAUCUUUAGGACAAAUCCACCUGCUGAAUGCUUUGGGGCAAGAGGAAAGUAAAGCCUUGGAAGCAGCCACGUGGCCGAACAGAAAACUCCCCCUUGUCGCUCGUCUGCCCGGACACUUGGUCAGGACUCGGGUGCCUUUCCUGAAGCCUCGUCCUGCCUCACUCACAACAGACUAUCUAUGCCUGGGAGACCUGGAAUUUCUGGGGUGCUCCUGUGACCCUUUUCUACUGCUAUUCUGCGCCCCAGUUCUGUUUUCAGGCAGUUGGAUGACAUGAACUUUGAGAUGGAGUUUGUCACCCGUGGUGGACUAGCUGCCUUUCCAAGGCUUUUGCUGUCAGAAGGGACCAUCUGAAGGACUUGUUUGUGUGUGGAAAGGAGGGCACCAGCCUGACCUGCAUCAACCACCAUGUUCCUGUUGCUGCCUUUUGAUAGCUUGAUUGUCAACCUUCUGGGCAUCUCCCUGACUGUCCUCUUCACCCUGCUGCUCGUUUUUAUCAUAGUCCCUGCCAUUUUUGGAGUCUCCUUUGGUAUCCGAAAGCUCUACAUGAAAACAUUGUUAAAGAUCUUUGCGUGGGCUACCUUAAGAAUGGAGAGAGGAGCCAAGGAGAAGAACCACCAGCUUUACAAGCCCUACACCAACGGAAUCAUUGCAAAAGAUCCCACUUCUCUGGAAGAAGAAAUCAAAGAAAUUCGUCGGAGUGGUAGUAACAAGGCUCUGGAUAAGACACCGGAGUUUGAGCUCUCUGACAUCUUCUACUUUUGCCGGAAAGGAAUGGAGACUAUUAUGGAUGACGAAGUGACAAAGAGAUUCUCAGCAGAAGAGUUGGAGUCCUGGAACUUGCUGAGCAGAACCAAUUACAAUUUCCAAUAUAUAAGCCUGCGGCUUACCAUCCUCUGGGGGUUAGGAGUGCUGAUUCGGUAUUGCUUCCUUCUGCCACUCAGGAUUGCUCUGGCGUUCACGGGGAUUAGCCUCUUGGUAGUGGGCACUACUAUGGUUGGAUACCUGCCAAAUGGGAGGUUUAAGGAGUUUUUGAGUAAACACGUUCAUUUAAUGUGCUACCGUAUCUGUGUACGAGCCCUCACGGCCAUCAUCACCUACCACAACAGGAAAAACAGACCAAGAAAUGGUGGCAUCUGUGUGGCUAAUCAUACCUCUCCCAUUGAUGUGAUCAUCUUAGCCAGUGAUGGCUACUAUGCCAUGGUGGGACAGGUACACGGGGGCCUCAUGGGUGUGAUUCAAAGAGCCAUGGUCAAAGCCUGUCCCCAUGUCUGGUUUGAACGUUCUGAGGUGAAAGAUCGCCACCUGGUGGCUAAGAGACUAACUGAGCACGUACAAGAUAAAAGCAAGCUGCCCAUCCUCAUCUUCCCAGAAGGAACCUGCAUCAAUAACACGUCAGUGAUGAUGUUCAAAAAGGGAAGCUUUGAAAUUGGAGCCACUGUUUACCCUGUUGCUAUCAAGUAUGACCCUCAGUUUGGUGACGCCUUCUGGAACAGCAGUAAGUAUGGGAUGGUGACGUACUUGCUGAGAAUGAUGACCAGUUGGGCCAUUGUCUGCAGUGUUUGGUACCUGCCUCCUAUGACCAGAGAGAAAGAUGAAGAUGCUGUGCAGUUUGCUAACAGAGUGAAGUCUGCCAUUGCUCGGCAGGGAGGAUUGGUAGACCUUCUCUGGGACGGUGGAUUGAAGAGAGAAAAGGUAAAGGACACAUUCAAGGAGGAGCAGCAGAAACUGUAUAGCAAGAUGAUUGUUGGCAACCAUGAGGACCGGAGCCGGUCCUGAGCCUCUGUCUUGCACUGGCUGGAGCCGCCACCUCUAAAUCCUGAUGUGUGAACCAGCUGGAGUUGUUGCUGCCACAGCCUCUACCAUCAUCCCCGCCACCCACUGCUGCAUCCUUCCAGACUCGCCCUCAGGCUGUUCUGGACUCCAGGACUCGAGAGUCUUCAGGGCUCCAUGGCUGCCUGCUCUGCUCUAACCAGAGUGCUGCUGGCUGGGGCUCCCUGGGACAGAAUGCCUCUUGUUCCUUUAUAGUAAGCCUCUAAGAGGAAUGCCAUUAAAACAGCUCUCUGUUCUGUGCUAGCUGCUGAGAAGGUGGUCCUGUUCUUGCCCUGACAGAAUGCUGGGUGUUACUGUGUAGGGGCAUCCAUGCUGGGGAAAGUCAGAAAAGACACUGCUGAGGCGGGUGCCUAAACAGCCUCCAACCUCGGUUUUGAGGUGGGACAAAAAGAAACUGUCUUCGGGAUGUUCAUUUCAGUAGCAAGUGGAGUCAUAAGUUCCUGUGUUUCUACGUACGAAGAUCACCAGAGGAGAUAGGAAGAAACCACUGGGACCCUGGGCAGCUGGCUAGCCCCAGGAGUCUUUUGAUUCAGACUCCAGGCUGAGCCUGAAUGCCUCACAUGACUUGUCUGUUUAGUAUGUCUCAGUUUGCCUGUUUGUCACAUGGAGUUGCAGAGAAAGGGUGAUGAUGCCUACCUCACAGGGUUGUUGUGGGGUCCCAGUGCUACUGUAUUGAAGGAAAUGCAUGCUGCUCUCUCAGGGACAGCUUUGUAGAAAGUGGCAGGACAAGGUCAGAGCUCACAGCUGCUGCCCAGGGUCUUUAAACUUGUUUUGUGAGUAAAUAAAACUGGAUGGUAAAUGAAUUUAGGGACUUUGCCUUCACUCUCGGGAAAUGUGUGUCUUCUGUGACACUGUGGCGCCUGGAGAAGACCCUGGACGGCAGGGUCUGCACUACUAUGGAAGGAGUUAGUACUGCUCAGAACGGAGGGGAACUUUGAUACUGCGUGUUUUCAAGUCUUUGUAUUGUUUUCAGCUUAGACACAGUUUUCUCCCAGAUGAGAGUCAUGGGAAGCAGGGUGUGUUGAUGGGUUUGGGGAACAGAAAAGGGGAUCGAUCUGCAGUCAGUGGCAUUCUGGAUUUGAGCAUGGAGGGACAUAUUAGGGGCAAGGAUGGAGCAGAGGUGCUGGGAAGAAGUGCCGAGUGAGGUGGUAGGGUGGGUGUAGUGCCCGUGCUGGAGGGGAGAUGACAGGCCUGCAAGCCCUACAGUCACUGAGGACAGAUCCAAAGUCAGCCACUCUGCCGUUUCCUCUGAGGCCCACCAACUUCGAAUCCCUCCACAGGAAGAUUACCCUGCUUACCCACGUGCCACUGUUACGUCAUGGCACUUUUCAAAGUGACGGAGAUACCCAUCUCCAAGUCUGGGAUUUGAGGACAUUCUCAGAGUGCAGCCUGCCUCCCGAGGCUAUGAACUGAUGCCACUCUGAAGCUUGAGGACCCCGUGGUGUCACCCCUCGCUUCCUGUCACCUCAGCCUCCCAUUUCCUCCUGCCUGCUCCGUUCCCAGUGGAAAACACUUUUCAAAUAAAAAUGCCUAUGACUUUAAGAA